AUGUCUUCCUCUAUCACUAGGAAGCAAACAGUCAUGCCUCACAGGACGAUGCAAGGCCAUGCCGCAUGGGUACAAGGAGUUGUGCACCUGCCGGGAGGACGACGCAUCAUCAUAUGUUUGGAUGACGGUUCACUCCGACUAUGGGACCUGGAGAGCGGCAAACAGAUAGGCGAGGACUGGCGAGAUAAAGGAGACAAGGAAGGAGUGAAAACGAUAGCAUUAUCUCCAAACGGCAACGUUAUUGCAACUGGAAGCAAUGAUGGAACAGUGAGAUUGUGGGACGUUGAGAUGGGAAAGGUGAUUGCAAAAUGGGCAGGGCACACUGAGAAUGUGUUAUCAGUGUGCUGGAGUGCGGGUAGUAAGCGAGUGGUGAGCGGAUCGUCAGAUGGCACAGCACGAGUCUGGGAUGUCACGAGCGGCGAAACUGUCCUAGCAAUCGAGACCGGGCACGUACAUGUGUGGGCAGGGAUCUACUCUCCCGACCAAACAAUGUUUGCGACAGGAGGCUUCAAACAGCACGGAAUAAAAAUCUGGGAUGCGAAGACGGGCAAGCUUCUUGUCACACUCGAACACAAUCGAAUAGUUUUCAGCUUGGCAUGGACAUCAGAUGGCAAGAAACUCAUCUCUACGUCAUAUGGCCCGAUUACCAUAUUCGACACAGCCACAUGGCAAGAGAUUGCAAUCCUCGAGGGUCACAAAAACACUGUCUGGGCCAUCUCCUUGUCUCGUCACAACCGCCUCCUUGCAAGCGCAUCGGAUGAUAACACAGCGCAUCUUUGGAAUCUCGACACCAAUCUCCCAGUCGGACCACCCCUCCAUCAUGAACAUGAGGUGACCUGCGCAGCCUUUUCUGCUGAUGGAACAGUUUUAGUCACUAGUUGUGAAGACAAAAAUGCGUAUGUAUGGGAUGUUCACGCCAUCCUCAAAGAAGUUGGCCUUAAAGACUUUUUCCGUGAUAUCCCAGCUCCAAAGUCAUUGAUGAACUUUAGUAAUACUACCCGAAGUCCGCCUAUUCAAGUCCUUCAAGUCCUUCAAGUACCACAAGGCUUUUUCGACGGCGUGCAAAAUGGCGCCCAGUUCUCUACAGCGCGCGGUACAUGUCCUCAUUCUGCUGCACACCACACUCGCAGUACUCGGGCACCUCUUCUCGCACGAUUCUCGUCGCUCUCCCGCCACUCUCAUUACAAUACCGAUAACGCAGCCGAACUCCAACAACGCCAAAGACGGACCAUAUUCACUCGUGGUCCUCAUAUCGUCGAAGUUGCUGCACGAAGGGACAGAGAGGUGCUUUUUGUUGCUACAGGGCCGGUUCCAAAUCAUGGUGCUACUGCAAGAUCAUUUUUGGCUCGUCUUGUGCUUUUUGCCUGCUGCGCAUCUCCUCAACACAUCGAUGUCCAUGCACAACCAACUCAGCAGCAGGAAGGCCAACCGCAAGGUCAAGCGCAGACCCACGCGACCUCUUCGCCAACACAGCAGCAGCAAGGCCAAUCGCAUGGUCAAGUCCAGGCCCAGGGGUCACCUCCGCAGGCACAACCUGCCGCCCCCUCGACGUCCGCGACACCUACUUCGAGUUCACGUUCAGACGGACUCAUCAGUCGCCUAUUCUCACUCUUCCGCUGUCAACCACCCACCAACGAAGACAUGAGAGUCCCACAACACCCAGGCCGUCCUAAUGUUGUCAAGGUGGCUGCAAUGGAUGACAAGGGGACAUUAUUUGUUUCUGGGCCACAACCAGACCCUUCACACCCUCAGUCUGCUGGUACUGCCACACCAGGUGCAAAACCUGCGCAUUCACUACCCGUCCAAUUGUUGGCUCAUCUCACCCACGCGACAUCGUCGCAAACGCAGCAGCAGCAAGCCCAAACGCAAGGUCAAGACCAGGCCGAGGUAUCAUCAUCGCAGACUCAGCCUGCCGCCCCCUUGACGUCUGCGACACCUACUUCGAGUUCACGUGAUGUACUUAUCAGUCGUCUGUCCUCACUCUUCCGCCCUCAAACCGACGCCGAUGAAGAAAUCGAACUCUCGGAGCUCCCAAGCCGUCCUCAUGUUUUCGAAGUGGCUACAGUGCAUGACAUGUCUUUCUCUGGUGUGAUGUCUGAUGAUUAA